CAACCUAAAGUCCUAAACCCCUCAAAACAAGGAUCCAAGGACCAAAACCCAGAAAGCUUUUAUUUUACACUCAAAGAAUCAGAGAGAGAGAGAGAGCAAUGGCGUCGUCAUCAUUAUCGGAGGAGGAGCUGACGCUGACGGUUAAGUGGAGCGGCAACGAGUACACAGUCCGAGUCUGCGGAGACGACUCGGUGGGCGAGUUGAAGCGCCGAAUCUGCCAACUCACCAAUGUUCUCCCCAAGCGCCAGAAGCUUCUCUACCCCAAACUCGGCUCGAAACUGGCCGAUGACUCAGUUCUUCUCUCUCACCUCCCCCUCAAGCCGUCUCUCAAGAUGACGAUGAUUGGUACCGUUGAAGACGAUAUAAUUGUGGAUCAAGUGGAUUCGCCCGAGAUAAUUGAUGAUUUUGAACUUGGGCAAGAUGAAUCUACUGAUAUCAAAGAUAAAGAGGUCAAUAAGCAGAAAUUGAGAAGACGUAUUUAUCAAUACAAGAUUGAACUCCGGAACCCAUGCCGUGAGGGGAAAAAACUGCUUGUACUGGAUAUCGAUUAUACUCUAUUUGAUCACCGUUCAACAGCAGAGAACCCUCUUGAACUAAUGCGACCUUAUCUUCAUGAGUUUCUCUCAGCUGUAUAUGCUGAGUAUGAUAUCAUAAUAUGGUCUGCAACCAGCAUGAAGUGGGUUGAAUUGAAGAUGGGACAACUUGGGGUACUCAACAAUCCUAAUUACAAGAUUACAGCUCUUCUGGACCAUUUAGCAAUGAUUACAGUUCAUUCAGAUUCUCGUGGGCCCUUUGAUUGCAAGCCACUUGGUUUGAUAUGGGGUCAAUUUCCUGAGUUCUACAGUUCAAAAAACACCAUCAUGUUUGAUGACCUUCGAAGAAAUUUUGUGAUGAACCCACAGAACGGUUUGACAAUCAAGCCAUUCAGGAAGGCUCAUGCUAACCGAGACAGUGAUCAGGAGCUCGUGAAGCUCACCCAAUACUUGCUUGCUAUUGCUGAGCUUGAUGACCUAAGCAGCCUCAAUCACAAGAACUGGGAGUCAUACAAUGAGGACAAUUUUAAGAGACGCAGGCACUCAUGAGUGACCUUGGCUGCUGCUGAGAUUUCAACAUUUGUUGCUUAUAUCCACUUUUAAGGACAGAGUACUUUCGUCUUCCAUGGGUGGCUGCGAGAGACUUCAAUCCACAAUGGAGUUUCUUUAGUAUCCGCUCAUCGUUGGUUUACACUACAUGCUGCUUAUACAUCUUUUGUCUUUUCUGUUUUGGUUGAAGUUAAGAAUGGGAAGAAACAAAACUUACGUGAUUGCAUUUCAAGGAAAAUGGUGUGUGGAGGUGUUCAAGACCAAGAUAUUGAAUGAAAAAUGAAAAAUCAUAAUAUUAUAAAGUAUUUGAACUUCUCAUA